AUGGCAGCAUCAUCAGCAUGUCUUGUUGGAAAUGCUUUAUCCACUCAUAGUAAUGGAGUUUCUCUAGGGAAGGACUUGAAUGGAAGAUACCUAUUCUCAUCUUGGAGGUUUUCGCCGAUGAAUAAUAGGGCAUCGAAAGCGUUUUCUGUAAAGGCAAGUUUAGAUCAAAGUCAGCAGGAAGGUAGAAGGGGGAUGCUGAAAUUGUUGCUUGGAAAUGUUGGUGUUGGUUUACCUGCAUUAUUUGGAAAUGGAAAAGCUUAUGCUGCUGAUGAUCAAGGUGUUUCUUCGUCGAGAAUGUCUUAUUCAAGGUUUCUUGAGUAUUUGGACAAGGAUAGAGUUACCAAAGUGGAUUUGUAUGAGAAUGGAACAAUAGCUAUUGUUGAGGCUGUUUCUCCUGAGUUAGGAAAUAGGUUGCAGCGUGUGAGGGUUCAACUUCCUGGACUUAGCCAAGAGCUUCUUCAGAAGUUAAGGGAAAAGAACAUUGAUUUCGCAGCUCAUAAUAACCAGGAGGAUUCGGGUUCUUUUUUGUUUAACUUGAUUGGGAAUUUGGCUUUCCCUCUCGCUGUUAUUGGUGUAUUGUUCCUUCUCUCGAGGAGAUCUGGUGGUAUGGGAGGUCCCGGCGGACCUGGAUUUCCUCUUCAAUUUGGUCAAUCUAAAGCCAAGUUUCAAAUGGAACCGAACACUGGAGUGACAUUUGAUGAUGUUGCUGGGGUGGAUGAAGCCAAGCAGGAUUUUAUGGAAGUGGUGGAGUUUCUCAAGAAGCCUGAGAGGUUUACCUCUGUUGGUGCUCGCAUACCGAAAGGAGUUCUUCUUGUUGGUCCUCCAGGAACUGGAAAGACAUUAUUAGCCAAGGCUAUUGCUGGUGAAGCCGGCGUUCCGUUUUUCUCUAUAUCGGGUUCUGAGUUUGUUGAGAUGUUUGUUGGUAUUGGUGCUUCUCGUGUCCGUGAUUUGUUCAAGAAGGCUAAAGAGAAUGCUCCUUGCAUUGUCUUUGUUGAUGAAAUUGAUGCUGUUGGAAGACAAAGAGGAACGGGAAUUGGUGGAGGGAAUGAUGAAAGAGAACAGACUCUCAACCAGCUUUUGACAGAAAUGGAUGGAUUUGAGGGUAAUACCGGUGUCAUUGUCGUUGCUGCAACUAACAGGGCCGACAUUCUUGACUCUGCUUUAUUGAGACCCGGCCGAUUCGAUAGACAGGUAUCGGUUGAUGUUCCAGAUAUAAGGGGAAGAACUGAAAUCCUAAAGGUUCAUGCUAACAAUAAAAAGUUUGAAAAUGAUGUUUCUCUUGAAGUGAUUGCAAUGAGAACACCAGGUUUCAGUGGAGCUGAUCUUGCAAAUCUCUUGAAUGAAGCUGCUAUAUUAGCUGGUCGGCGAGGAAGGUCAGGGAUUUCAUCUAAAGAGAUUGAUGAUUCUAUUGAUAGGAUUGUGGCUGGAAUGGAAGGAACAUUAAUGACCGAUGGAAAGAGCAAAAGUUUAGUGGCAUAUCAUGAAGUUGGACAUGCCAUUUGCGGAACUUUGACUCCUGGUCAUGAUGCUGUACAAAAGGUAACAUUAAUUCCUCGUGGUCAAGCUCGGGGUCUUACAUGGUUCAUUCCUUCCGAUGAUCCAACCCUGAUCUCAAAACAACAACUCUUCGCAAGAAUUGUUGGAGGGUUAGGCGGUAGGGCUGCAGAAGAAGUUAUUUUCGGUGAGCCCGAGGUUACAACUGGUGCAGGUGGUGAUUUGCAGCAAAUUACCGGUAUAGCAAGACAGAUGGUAGUCACAUUUGGAAUGUCCGAUAUUGGUCCUUGGUCACUUAUGGACUCAUCAGCGCAAAGUGGCGAUGUUAUCAUGAGAAUGAUGGCAAGGAACUCAAUGUCAGAAAAGCUUGCAGAAGACAUUGAUACUGCUGUCAAGAGAUUAUCAGAUGAAGCAUAUGAAAUUGCCUUGGCACAGAUAAGGAGCAACCGCGAGGCAAUUGAUAAGAUUGUUGAAGUCCUUCUGGAAAAGGAGACAUUGAGUGGAGAUGAAUUCCGCGCUCUACUAUCAGAGUUUGUUGAAAUUCCGGCUGAAAAUCGGGUUACUCCUGCUACUCCAUUGGCAGUCCCUGCUUGA